AUGGACAACAUGAACUCGUUUGUGGAGUACUCCAUUUGUAACCUGCCGGGGACGGGCGCUUAUGCUGCGCCCAAAUCCGGUUACAACCACUAUCAUCACCAUCUGCAUCACCAUCCUCUGGAUCAGCCCCAGGGGUUCCCGGUGACCUCCGGCUCCUUCCACGCGGGGCCCACCGGCUCUCCGGCUCCCGUUAAAGGGGUGAGAGGGGACAGCAGCGCCGUGGGAGCGACUUACACAGGGGACGCACGACUGUAUGGGGGCUCUGGAGAGCUUGGGACCGCAAGAGUGACCCAGCAUCAUCAGCAACAUCAUCAUCAUCAUCAUCAUCAUCAUCCUGAACAACCACAGCAUCAGCAAACACACAAUGGCUACCACCAUCAACUCCAUCCAACCCAAAGUUUACAAAGCGGAACAAUGUCUUCUUAUAACACCGAGAGUAGCGGAAGCACCGGGGCAUAUGCGGGUCAGGCCUGCGCAACUAACCCGGAUUAUUCAAACGCAGCAGGCCCCCCCAACACCGUUCACUCGCAGUAUUUCAUGGAGGAGCCCGUCGCCUCGACCUACUAUCAUCAAUCAACGUUUCCGAGCUCGGCCCCCACCGUCGGCCCGAGCUACGGGGCCUUAGCCGGGGCCUUCUGCGGGCCGCAGGGCGCUCUUGCCGGCCCACAGUACCCGCAGCAGCUCGGGGGGGGUCUGGACUCAGCGGGCUACAUGGGGAUUCCACACGGGGGAGGUUAUGGGGAGCUGCCAGUCUCCCACGACCGAGGGAAGGGAGACGAGGAGGGCCAGCAGGCUGGGCAAGGGCAGACCUUCGACUGGAUGAAGGUGAAGAGGAACCCCCCUAAAACAGCCAAAGUGUCGGACUUCGGCCUCGCGGGCGGCCAUGGCAACGCCAUGCGAACCAACUUCAGCACCCGGCAGCUCACGGAGCUGGAGAAGGAGUUCCACUUCAGCAAGUACCUGACGCGGGCGCGGCGCGUGGAGAUCGCGGCCACGCUCGAGCUCAACGAGACGCAGGUGAAGAUCUGGUUCCAGAACCGACGCAUGAAGCAGAAGAAGCGCGAGCGGGAGGGCACCACCGCAACCGGGCUCCCCGAUGGAGGCUUCCACAAGGACCCGGAGGACACCGAUCCCUCCUCCGCGUCCACGUCUCCGGGCGCGUCCCCGAGCUCGGAGUAG